AUGAGGCUCUCCUUCAUCAUCACCCUUCUUGGGUUCCCCAGCCAUGCCAACAUUGAGAAACACGUGACCCACAUCGUCUGUGAGGGUGAAGACGGUGUGUGGGCAGAAUUCCAGUACUCCAGAAAAGGAACGCGGCCAGAGCUGGACACUGAAAUCUACCCAGUUUUUCCAUAUGGAAAGGCUUUGUUUUUCAGUCUUCAAGGGUCAAACGGUGGAGUCUAUCAUUGCACAUAUUGUGCCAAGGAAGGCUAUGGGACACGGUGCUCCCAUCCCGACAACACGCUUCACUCGAACAUUCCAGCAACACGAGUAACAACCCCUCUCUCUCCCCGAUGCUCUCUCUUUCCACUAGACCCCACACUCUCCAGACCUUCCAUCAGGAUAAGACCAAAGCCGCAGAUAUCGCUGGGACUGAAUGCCACCAUCGAGUGCCAGGGGCCGGAAUAUUACUUCCAUUUGACCUUCUUCUUGUUCAAAUCAGGGAAUCUGAUAGCAUCACAAAAGGAAGAGCCAAUGAAAAACACAACUCAGUUCCUUUUGUCCAGCGUGCGGCUGGAAGAUGCAGGGAGCUACAGCUGCCGGUAUCAAAGAAUUGUUCCCUUUGCGCAGUCCGAGCCAAGCGACGCCGUGGAGCUGACAGUGACAGACAAUUCCUCGCAGGUCCUGUGGACAGGGAUUGGUGCAGGGCUUCUGGUUUUGGCCCUUGUCCUUGUCGUGCUGUUUCUGGCCUUUCUGUGGUGCAGGAGGAGGAGAAAGGGUCCCGCUGGCAGCAAACAACCCGAACCGGUGAAGAACGCAAGGAGUUCCACUUCUCUAAACCUGGAUACGGGAGAAGACCCCAUGAUCUGCUACGCGGUGUUGAACCACCACUCGGUGAAAUCAGAACAGGAAGCUGGCACUGUCCAUGACCUUGACACUUGCACCUAUGCGUCCGUGGCCCGAGAGAACAGCCUGUAAGCCGGAGCUUAUCCUGCACUCCCAUGAACAUGCAGCUUCAUGCUGGGACCUACAGCCUGGACCCAAAGCCUUACAAGGCAGGAUGGCUUCAGAGAGCACCUUCACAGCCAAAAGAACCUGCUGCACCCUUCCAAGAGCUGGACCACAGCACUGCUCCUUCGCCGGUGCAACCCGGCCGCAGACCACCAGGUUUCUGGGCUGUGUUCGCUUCUGGUACCGGUUCGAGCAUCUGAGGAGACAUCCCAUGGGACUGGCAAAGUGGAGACAAUAGAAACAUGUAGUCUGCAUCAUCUCAUCCCUCCCUGACCCAUGUCCAAAGUCUCUCUGUGUUUUAUGGGAAGAUAAGAAGUAGCCAGCUAUUUCCUUGGGGGUAUGAGAUCGGUUAUGUUCUCUCUGGAUAAACACAAUUGUCCCAGCUCAUA